CAAAUAACAACGGCCGGUCUUUUCAUCGGAACUUUGCAUUUGUGCUGUUGGGUUGAGGGUCAUUUCUUCCAUUUCAGUUCUCAAAGCAGGAAUUUAGCUAUGGCAGACAAAACUUCGAGAAAAUCUGCGCAAGAUUUGUUGGAUAUUGCAAAUAGGUUGAGGAUACAUAGCAUCAGAGCAACGAACGCUUCCAAUUCCGGCCAUCCAACAUCAUGCUGUUCUAUGGCGGAAAUAAUGUCUGUUCUUUUCUUCGACACAAUGCGCUACAAAAUUUCCCAUCCUAAAGACCCAUCCAGUGACAGAUUUGUCUUAUCCAAGGGUCAUGCGGCUCCUAUUCUUUAUGCUGCCUGGGCGGAAGCUGGAUUAUUUCCCGAGGAAAAUCUCUUGACAUUAAGGAAGAUUGAUUCCGACCUUGAAGGACAUCCUACACCUCGUUUAAAUUUUGUGGAUGUUGCUACUGGAUCUUUAGGUCAAGGUGUAUGCUGUGCUGCUGGUAUGGCUUAUACUGGAAAAUAUUUGGACAAGGCAAGUUAUCGUGUUUAUACUGUGCUUGGAGAUGGUGAAUCUGCUGAAGGAUCUGUUUGGGAAGCACUUUCAUUUGCUAGCCAUUACAAAUUGGAUAAUUUUGUUGCUAUAUUCGACGUCAAUCGCCUCGGCCAGAGUGAACCAACUAUGUUUCAGCAUGACCUAGAAGUUUAUAAGAAGAGGCUAGAAGCUUUUGGCUUAGCUACUUUUGUGGUCGAUGGUCAUGAUGUUGAAGAACUGAGAAAAGCACUUGAUUCUGCUGCAUCCAUCAAAGACAAACCUUCUGCUAUAAUAGCUAAAACCUUUAAGGGGAAAGGAUUGCCUGGUCUUGAAGAUGAAGAAAACUGGCAUGGGAAACCCCUAGGAACUAAAGCUGAAGAUCUCAUCAAGAAAAUCCAAGAAAAAAUUGUUAAUAAUGAUCCUGCACCAAAAGCUAUUUUCUCGCCUUUGAAGGAGGAUGCAUCACCUGUGGAUAAGUCUCCUAUUUCUCUGUCAGAACCACCCAGUUAUAAUCUUGGCGACAUGGUUGCUACUCGACUGGCUUAUGGCACAGCCCUUGUGAAACUUGGAGCAAACAGCAAAAGAGUGAUUGCUUUAGAUGGUGAUACAAAGAACUCUACUUUUUCUGAUAAAUUCAGAAAAGCUUAUCCUGAACGUUUUGUGGAGUGCUUCAUUGCAGAACAAAAUCUGGUUGGAAUUGCAAUCGGCUGCUCUACUCGUGGAAGAACUGUCCCAUUCACAAGUACUUUCGCUACAUUUUAUACCAGAGCAUUUGAUCAACUAAGAAUGGGAGCGAUAUCUCAAGCAAAUAUUAAAUGCUGUGGGUCCCAUGCUGGUAUUUCAAUUGGUGAAGACGGUCCUUCUCAAAUGGGGCUUGAGGACAUUGCUAUGUUCAGAUCUGUACAUGGGAGCACUGUUUUCUAUCCCAGUGAUGCCGUAUCUACUGAAAGGGCAUGUGAAUUAGCUGCAAAUACUCAAGGGAUUUGUUUCAUAAGAACAUCCAGACCUAAUACACCAGUUUUAUAUGCCAAUGAUGAGCCUUUUGCUGUUGGAAAAGCGAAGGUCGUGAGUAAAAAUCAAAAUGAUGCCGUACUUGUUAUAGCUGCAGGGGUAACAAUGUUUGAAACUCUCAAAGCUUCUGAAGUCUUGGAAAAGCAGGGAGUUACUAUUCGUAUAAUUGAUCCUUUUACAAUAAAGCCCCUAGAUGUUGAUACCAUAAAACAACACGCAAACGAAUGCGGUGGGAAAGUAAUUACUGUUGAAGAUCACUAUCCGGAAGGAGGCAUUGGAGAAGCAGUGGCCAGUGCUCUAUCCUCUUUCCGCAGCAAUAUAAUUGUUCGCUCUUUAGCUGUGACUGGGUUGCCUCGUAGUGGUGGUUCAUCUCAGUUGCUGGAUAUGUUUGGCAUCAGCGCAAAUCACAUCGUCAAAACUGUACUGGAACUGAAAGCUCAGUAAACAAAUGGCUGUCAAAUUUAGAGAUGUAUAUUUUAUGGCUUGUAGAUCAAGUUCAUGUUUGUCGAACUCUUUUCAAGAUAAAACACUAAAUUUGUUAACUUUUUUAUAUAAUAAAGUUCAUGCAAAUUUUA